GCGCUGGCGGCUGGCCAGUGUGUCGCCUGCUGCUGCGAGGGGAGUGACGGAAGGCCCUGCUCCGGGAUUGUGUAGCCUUCAGUCUAUGUAUUGUUUUCACUACCCAUCACGUCUACAGUAAGAUUAUCGCCCUGGAUUCCCAGAAGGAAAACAUUUUCUCAGUUUUCAAGCGUAGAAUGUGGAUUACUGGGAAGGUGGACCACACAUCGCAGAAAGAGCAGAUCUUCACGGACUUGUACAAUGAGUGUAAGAAUAUUGCACCUGGGGCUCGCCUCUCCUACAUGCUGCGGACCAGGCUGGAACGGUUCCAACGGGAGGACAGGCGUGAGGUGGUGACCCGCACCCGGGAUGGCUGUGCACCGCUGUUCGUGGCCUGCAAGCGGGGCAAUGUUGAGGUGGUGGAGUAUCUUAUCAGCACCUGCAAUGCGGACGUGGAGCAGAGAGGUCUGUAUGAGGUUCCCGAUGACCGAUCAAUCCACAACGUGACACCACUGUGGUGUGCCUCCGUCGCGGGCCGCCUCGCCGUGGUGAAGUGCCUGGUGCAGCAUGGGGCAGACGUGAACAGUGUGUCGGACACGGGCUCCACCCCUGUCCGUAGUGCUUGCUUCAUGACACAUUUGGACAUUGUGACCUACCUAGUGGAGAAUGGAGCUGAUAUAUCUAAGCCAAAUUACAAUGGUGGUACUUGCCUUAUCAAUUCUGUGCAGAGUGUGAAACUGUGUGAAUACUUGCUGAACCACAGAGCAGAUGUUAAUGCACAGGACAUUCAGAACAAGACAGCCCUGCACUAUGCCAUCCAGGAGCAUCGCUUUGAGACCACUCGACUGUUGCUCGAGGCUGGAGCUGACCCCCACCUCACCAGCAGGUACAGAGAUGAUGCCCUGCAAACAGCCUGCAUCAAAGGUGCAUUUCAGAUUUUUGAGUACCUUAUUGGGGAAGUGUCAUAUCCUCCCAGUCGGGUGGCAGAUGGGUAUGAGCUUUUGGGCACCACUUUCCUUGAUGAGCACCGGGACAUCCAGGCGGCCCUCCAAUACUGGCGACGAGCAGCGGCCAUCCGUGAGGCUGCUGGUGUGUCCAAGGUUGUGCUGCCAGCCCGUCCUAACUACCAGAAUGCAGUGGAAUUUAGAACCCUAGAGGAGUUAGAGGCAGUGGCUACUGACCUUAACAGCUUAAGGACGCAGAGUUUGCUUAUCUGUGAGCGAAUCUUGGGCACAGCGCACAAAGAUAUGAUCUUUAGGCUCAUGUACCGAGGUGCAGCUUAUGCCGACUCCUUACAGUACCAAAAUUGUAUUGAUCUCUGGUUGUACGCCUUGGAGCUACGCAUCCGCCGCGACACCCUUCUCUUUAAUGAAACCUGCUUCACUGCACAAGCCUUGGUGCGCCUCUACCUAGACAUGAUAGACAAACACAGUACGGGAGUCAUGCAGGACACUGUUGCCUUUGGAGAUGCCUACCGAACCCUGCGAUUAUUGGUAGACCAGCUUCCAAGUUGCAUGGGAUUGUUGCGGGUUCAGCCUGUCCACAAGAAACACCAAAGUAACUUUGAUCAUAUGCUGAAGGUGGUAACUCACAUGUUGUUUGUGCUGCUACACAUCCCCCACAGUGAAGAACAAAGGGAUGAGGCAGUCACACUGGUAAAGGGAGUGGUACGUCUCGACCCCCGCACCUGCCAAGGAGGCCACUCCCUUCUACACCUUGCAGCCAUGAAAACUAAUGUGCUCAACAAUCAUGCCCUGCUGGAGGAUGACCACAUGACACCCUUCCCCUCAGUAGCAGUGGUCAGCUUCCUGUUGGAGUGUGGUGCUCCUGUCAAUGCUACCAACGAUAAAGGCUCUUCACCUCUCUUCAUGGCCUCGCAGGACCUGCUCUUCAAAGAGGAGAUCGUGGAGGUGUUGCUCAAAGCUGGCGGCCACGUGGACCAAGUGACUGCUUCCGGUGAACGACCCAGCAUGAAUCUGCGCCUCAACCCCAAGUGUCAUAUUAGUAUUCUCAACUACACUUCACUCAAGUGUCUGGCAGCGAGGGUCAUCCAAAGGCACCGCAUCCCCUACGCUGGCGAGGUUCCAAAACACCUCGAGGCCUUCGUCAAGAUGCACUAAUGAACAACAACCUUCAUUUCCAGUCAAAUAUAUCAUUGGUUGAGCCCUUCGCAUUCUUUUACCGCCACCGAAUGGGUAGGGAGGUGACAGUGUUCCAAGGUAUGGUGUUUGUUAUAUAUGCAACUUGCUAGUCACGUGCUGAAGCUCUACAGAGUUCCGUCCUGAAUUUUGAGACGAAAUGCACUGUUUAGUACCAACUGACAGGUACCAAACAAUGUCUGUACUUCUGCGGAACUAGAUUGUUAUGGACACUAAUUCACAGAUGUGAUAAUACUAUUGACAUGCAUUGCUCUGCUUUUGGACAAGUAGCAGUUGGGUGGGUGAGUGACAGGGAUGAAUAAAAUAGUGUGGACCUUCCCCACACUAUAUUUCAUCACAGGCUCUUUAUUUAUGUUUGGCUCAAAGUGUGUUAUUGAUUAUGUUUUACUAAGUCACAUGUGCAGUAGAUUUGAUUUUUUUUGCAUACUAUUAUACUAAACCAUGUAUGGACAAGAAUCCUGAUUUAACUUAGUGAAAAGUCUAACACCAAAGUCAAAAUAACCAUGAUGAAGAUAUAUGUAUAACUUACAUAGUAUCAACCAUGAUGUUUGGCUUCAUUAUAAUUAGCAGUAUCAACACAAUAAUCAUCCAUACUGGGAAAAAAAUAUGAAGGGUACUCAUAAGUAUAUUUUGAGGGCUUGAGCUAGCCAAUGGAUAUGGUAGCUCUUUUUUAUUUGUUCACAUAAAAAAAAUUGUACAAAAUACUAUUACAUGUGAUAUAUAUUUUGAUAUUUUGCAAGUAGACACUGAUACACUUCAGUGUGUUUCUUCACCAUCUGACCCUUGAGCAGCUUCCAUGAAGUGCAGUAGUGUGAUGCAUUUGAGUGUCAUUCAGGUAGAGACUUCAUAUUCCUGUUGCACCUUUACCUUGCUAUGGCCUGUAGUAAGGUAUUGUACAUGCCAUGCAUCCUAAGAGUAUUUGGGUUGUGGUAUUAUGUAACUUGCAACUCAGCCAAAUAACUAAUGUUCACUACAUUUUAUUGUAUAAGAAAUCCUUGAGACUAAACAUCAUUAUUCUACUUUUGAAUGUCAUUGACUUGUGUACACUCUUCCUUUAACAAGUUUACAGUGCACAGUAUUGGGCCUGAAAAUUAAAUCCAGAGUGAUGGCAAGUCAACACAUUGAUAUAUUGGACAAUGAAAUGCCCUUUAUGUUCCUUUGACUUUCUUUGGUCUUUCAUAUGUUAAAGAUAUAUUUGAUGAGGUAUUGACUUUUGAUUCUAAAUCAAUUUGAUUGAAAGGUACAAAAGAAAGAUAAUUGUUACAUAUGUUAAUUAAAGCCUCUUAUUAUAUUUUAGCACACACUCCAAUAAAGGUAUUGAAAAAUGA